UUGCAUUAUACUGCUUUACUAUGGAGCUCUAACCACUGCACUAGACUGGGCUUCAGGGCCUGAAGGAGUUAAUGCAACCAGGAAGGGGGAGAGAGGCUCUGCCUAAACUCAUAAUGGAGGACAUGGAUUGGACAGUGUGUGGAGCCUGAAGGGAAAGGAGGAGUGUGCAUAACCAGCCGGUGUGUGCCUGGAGAGACAGGCAGGAGUGAGGACGAGUACGCGGAGAGACGAGCAGGGGUGAGGACGAGUGCGCGGAGUGACGGGUAGGGUUGGCCACACUGUUUGGCAGGUGCUGUCUGGACAAGAAACGCCAUGUCUUUCUGCUCGUUCUUUGGUGGAGAGAUUUACAAAGAUCACUUUGAUAACGGAGUAUAUGUGUGUGCCAAGUGUGGCUAUGAGCUCUUCUCCAGCCGCACCAAAUUCGAGCACUCUUCACCCUGGCCGGCCUUCACCGAGACCGUUCAUGAGGACAGCGUGUCCAAGCACGUGGAGAGGCCCAACGCUCUCAAAGUUCUCUGUGGCAAGUGUGGUAAUGGGCUAGGCCACGAGUUCUUAAACGAUGGGCCGAAGAAGGGCCAGUCCCGCUUCUGAAUAUUCAGCAGCUCGAUAAAGUUCGUCCCCAAAGACAAAGUCGGCGGGGGAGCCAAUCGAGCAUAAAGAAGAAAAGAAGGGUCUGAUCUCUUUGACGUACAGACCCUCCCCUGAUGCCCCACCACCGGAUGAAUUAGCUGAGGUAAAACCUUCCUGGAUGCCUCGGCUGAUGAGAACUACGUGCUGGCGUCGGAUGUGGUUCUGUACGUCUCGCUGGAGCAUCUUCUUAUGCACUUACACUAUGAUCGCACCAAUUUCCACGCACAGCCUUCCUCCACGCAUCCUCGUGCAACGGUUUCCCAAGAUCCAAUAUCCCGGGUCAGAACAAGAUAUUGUAUAAGGACAAUGGUACUUUGGGGUGAUGGUAAAUGGUUAAACACAACGGGCUAACAUAAGCUGUAAAACCGUCGUUACCACGUCCUUGGCCUUUACCAACACUCCUUUCGUGCAACACGGCAGCCAUAUUGUUCAGUUUCCUUAAAGCGAGUGAUUAUUGAUUCAUCAUCGAUCCUAAUAAGAUGGCUGGUUUGCUGAAGCCCCGUCUCCUCCCCGCCAACGGUUUGCACUUCAGUAUUGCUCAUUGGUAUGAAUCAGCUCGCAUGGUUUUGUACAUUGUAAACCUCUGUAUCUGAUUCCGGUGCUGUCACCAAGGCUGCAGCAAUUUAGAGGUUGAUUCAAUUGCCCGUGGUAAACCGAGAUUUUGCCAAAGGUCAAUUUAACGCACCCUUUGCGGGCUAUUUCAGCAUGCGUACUCCCACGACCCUAGCUAUUCAAUUAGAAAAUGCUUACUGCGGUAAUCCUACAGUGCGCAACCUGGGGGGAGUGCAUGAUAAAUGCCCCCGAACCUUAGUAAUGCCAUAAGCAAAAGUAUUUUAAGUUCUUAAAAGGAGUCAAAUGGCUGAUUUUUUUUUUUUUACUACUUUUAUUAACAGUAGUACGGAAAAUUGUAAUGACCUUUUUGAAAUUAUUUUUUGAAUAUUUUUUUUUAAGCACGUUUCCAAAAAUAUUGAGAAAAAAUACUUGUAACUCCCACCUGCAAGUUCAAAAAUUAAUUUCCCAUCUAUAUGCCAUAUUUUCCACAAAAUACAUGUCCUACAUAGUCCAAUCCUUUUUUUGUGUGUUUUUUUAGAGAAAAUCACCAACAAAAAUAACCUGUCGUUAUUUGCUAGAUUUUGCUAUUUAAAUGCCUCCAAGUGCAUGAUUACCCAUUAGGAGGGGUGUGCCACAGCUUCUCCACUGUGUCCCGACAUUUUUACCUCCCAUAUAAAGAUUUUUUUUCUCUACUUUUCAACUACUCGGAGGCUGUGAACUAAAUCCCGUGUCAUUUCCUACUGAUGCCCGCUUUCAAGUAAAUUUUCUAAUUGAAUAGGAAAAAACCACGGCAGCAGACUUCCAAUGCUCCGGUAAUGUAACCUGCAGCUAAUUGAAUUCGGGCCUUAGUCUUUUUUUUUUACAUGUCCUAAAUAAGGCCUGUGCGGCGGCUCCAAAACCCAAGGUCAGGUUUUCUGAAUGUUAUUAGAUGUAUUUGUAUGUGCUACACUGCUGCUAACAAAUGUAUACGGAUUAGAACAUUGGGGGUAAUUCCGAGUUGAUUGCAGCAGGAACUUUGUUAGCAGUUGGGCAAAACCAUGUGCACUGCAGGGGGGCAGAUAUAAUAUGUGCAGAGAGAGUUAGAUUUGGGUGUGGUGUGUUCAAUCUGCAAUCUAAAUUGCAGUGUAAAAAUAAAGCAGCCAGUAUUUACCCUGCACAGAAACAAAAUAACCCACCCAAAUCUAACUCUCUCUGCACAUGUUAUAUCUGCCCCCCCUGCAGUGCACAUGGUUUUGCCCAACUGCUAACAAAGUUCCUGCUGCAAUCAACUUGGAAUUACCCCCCUCGGGUACUAUAUAAGGUUAAAGACUUCCACAGUUUGGAGCGGUUCAGAGUCCGCUAUGUCAAAUAGAACAUUAGACAAGUGAGACACGCCCGCGUGUGAGGGAUCUAUAUAGCUCAGUAAUUAUAUACUGUAUGUCACACUGCGGUCACAUUACAGCGUGGGGCAUGGUGUGCUCUGGAAAUAUUUUCAGAUUCCUCCACGUUAUAAUUCAGAAUAUUAUGUAUUUAGUGUGUAAAAUUUUUUCCUAUAGAUUAAAGUAUUUUUAUUCUUUCAUAAUAAAGGUUUUUAUCGUCAUCCACGGUGGCAGAGUGGUUAGUAUUGCUGGGGUGAUUCUACAUCAAGCAGGCUACUAUCUGUGUGCAGUUUGCAUAUUCUCCCCAUGUGUUUGCAUGAGUUUCCACGCUCGCCUUAAAAGACGUACUGGUAGGUUAGUUAAAGAAUAUCACCUUUAUGCGUGCAUUCUUGUGGUAGAGAAUUUAGCCUGUGGUCUCUGCUGGGAAAGGAGCUGACAGCAAUAAUGAAAUAUUUUCUGUAUAGCGCUGUGUAAUAUGUGGACGCUAUAUGAAGGAUAGUAAUAAUGUCUUCAGUCGGGCUGAUUUACAGUUGUUUUUUGUGGCGAGGGGGAAUUUGCAUAAACUGCAUAACAUUGUAUUCUAUAAAGUGACCUUUUUAUUGUGGCAAUAACUAAGCCGGUUCUGCGCUGUACUCUAGAAGAGGUGGAGAGGUUAAUAGAAAUCAUGAUGAUGUAAUUUUCUAGAAUAAGAGUACCAAUAACAGGAAUCCUACUAGAGAACAACAAAUCAGAUACUAGCUUACACUAGAUAAAUGAUAGCUAGAAUUUGAUUGGAUGUUCUGGGAGACGCCUCCACUUUUUCAUAUCUAGAAGUUGUAAUCUACCUCCAGGUGGUUUAAUUAAUUGCUGUGUGUUUAUGAUUUUAAGCCACAUGCCUGACGGGUGCCGUCUCAGCUGACACACGUGUGAUCCGUAAGUCCUCAGUUGUACAUAUGAUCUAUCACUGAGACCCUGGGGUAUAUUUACUGUGUCUGUUUGUCAAAGCUACCAGUCAGUCUAGCCCAGAGGUUCUCAAACGCGGUCCCGAAGGCUCCCCAACAGUCCGGGUUUUAGGUAUAUCCAUGGCUCAGCACACAUGGUUAAAUCAAAUUGACUAAGGUGCUAAGUCACCUGUGGCCAAGCAUGGAUAUGCUUAAAACCGGGACCCAAAGUUGUGCAUCCCUGUGUUACAAUGCUGUCUGCAUGAUCUGUACUUCUAUCAUUGCAUUUCAAGAUGGUUUUCCACAUACAGAUACAGGUUUCUUUUUCUAAAACCUGUUAGAAAAUCCUCUUAAACAGUUGAUAAUUCUGUUGCAAUAACGCCGCCCAAGAUAGUCACACAUGUGAUGUUUUUCUCUGUCACAUCCGAAACUGUUGGAACGACUUGUCAAAAGCACCUAAAUGUGACCUGUAACUUUUAUUUUUCUUGGAAUUAAAUAAACGGUCUGAAUUUAUUUUCAA